CUCUCGCCUCCGGCCUCUCCUCUCUCCCGUUCACCCUCCCCCUCUCUUAUCUCUCCGGGCUCCGGCCUUCCCUUCCUUGCGUCGACGGCUGCGCGCGCGAGCGGCGCCAUCCUCGGCCAGGUCUUCGUCGGGCCCGGCGCCGGCUACGAGUAUCCACCAGCUGCAAGAUCCGCCCCUGAUCUUGCUCUCUGGCCGAUACCGCACCUGGUGCUCUCGUCGAUCCAGCCGCUGAACGAUUUCAUCUCGCCUCUGUUUCAGGAGCCACUCUACUUGAAGAGUCCGCUGGGGGCAUGGAGCACUACAUGAUGAGGCUCGGCGCGGGAGGCGGCCAGCAGCUCUCCAGGGUAGAGCCGAUCCCCGACCGAAGGUCGAGGUUUUGGCAGAUGGAUGCGCAGCCUGGGGCUCGGAUAGACCUCAUCUGCCCUCAGCCUCGCCGCGCCUCCCGCCCGCCCUUCCUCAUGGACUCGCUCAAUAGAGCCAGCCCCAAGCCGAACGGGGCACUCCCAGUGUAUAGAGCGGACUCCGCUUGUGAUAUCCUUGACCUCAUCCUUAACAAGAAUGACCCUGAUGUGGAUACUGAUUCAAGCAGCCAGGCGGGCUUUUUCUGUGGCUCCCCUCCUGUGCGCACUAACAACCCUGUUAUCCAUGACCCACUGUUUGGUAAGAAAACACCAUCCUUUUCUCCUCUAGGGAGCUCUUUCGGCAAAAUGGGAGCUGGAAGAGUCGAAGUAGGUUCUCCAUCUUGUGGGGCGAGCAGCCCAAAAGUAAGAAUCGAAGGUUUUGCUUGCGGGAACAAAGACCCCACCAACUGUGCAGUUACAUUUGCCUGAGCAUUUGAUAUCCCAUUUGACCCUAACGCUAUUUUGCACCCUCACAACCUGUACAUUGUCCGGCCCGCCUGAGGAUAUAACUAGUUUCUUUCUAUAAGCUGCUAGCUGCUCAUUCAAGAGCUGAGUCAGAGUCUUGAGUCCAGUGCCUGAUGCCCUUGCGGUUGUGGCUUUUGAAACUGCACAAUCGCAGGGAGCAGAGGUUUCGAAUGUACAUAUGAGUUGUUCGUUGUACCCAGUAGAUGUUGUAUGUGUCUAGUAGAUGCAGUAAGGUUGGGUCCAUGUGUCGGUGUCUGUAAAUACCGUGGUACAUUUGGAUUUAAGUUGAAAUAUGAUAUCUAUCUUAUUCUGGCGU